CUUCUCACAAAGUGAACAUCAUUCCAUAUCAACUUGCAAUAAGUCAAUAACAUUGAUCAACUACUCUAGUUUUUCAUCAGAAAUGGAAGAGACCACCAACAGUACUUCAACAGCAAAAAGGUGUGCUAUUGUUACAGGGGCCAAUAAAGGAAUUGGACUCGAGAUAUGUCGUCAGCUAGCAUCUAAUGGAAUUGCAGUAAUAUUAACAGCCAGAGAUGGGAAGAAGGGUAUUGAAGCUAUUGACAAUCUGAAACUUUCUGGCCUCUCAGAUGUGUUUUUUCAUCAACUUGAUGUAAAAGAUCCUGCCAGUAUUGCUUCAUUAGCGAAACAUGUACAAACUCAUUUCCAAAAACUUGAUAUCCUGGUUAAUAAUGCAGGAAUUAGUGGAAUUGAUUUGGAUGGUGAAGCAUUUAGAGCCUUCAUACAAGGAGGAGGGAUUGUGAGCGAUGAGAAUGCCCACUUGUUGGAGAAUAUCAUGAAGCAAACUUAUGAGAUGGCAGAAGAGUGUCUCAAGACAAAUUAUUAUGGAACCAAAGGAGUAACUGAAGCACUUCUUCCUCUCCUGCAACUCUCCACUUCAGCAAGAAUAGUGAAUGUUUCCUCUGUUUACGGACAACUAAGUUUUAUCUACAACGAGAAGGUCAAACAAGAGUUGCAGAAUGUCGACAGCUUAACAGAAGAGAAAAUAGAUGAGGUUUUGCGGUGGUUUCUAAUGGAUUUCAAGGAGAAUAAGUUGCAGGCCAAUGGGUGGCCCCUUAGAUUGUCUGCUUAUAAAGUUUCCAAAGCUGCCAUAAAUGCCUAUACUAGACUUGUAGCAAGAAAAUUCCCUGAUUUUCGUGUGAAUUGUGUUCAUCCUGGAUAUGUCAAAACAGAUAUGAAUGAUUACACAGGAAACUUGACUCCCGAGGAAGGUGCUAGUGCACCUGUAAUGCUGGCUUUGUUGCCUGAUAAUGGUCCUUCUGGCUCCUACUACGAUCAGAUGCAUCCAUCCAUGUUCUGAUCUAAAAUUAAUCUGCAAGUAUGUGAGGUGAAGAAAGAUAUCAUAAUUGUUGGUGAAUGAUAUUGGCAAGUUAUAUUUGUUCUA